UAUGUAAGCUGCUUUCAAUCAGAUUGGAAACAUGGGAUAGGCUGUGUUGGUUUAGAUGAAUGAAUAGGCACAAAAUCUAAUCCAAGCUAUAUCCAGUAGUUGUUUGGAUAUUUUGGGUUAACAAGACGGUAUCUUUAUUAAGUAGAAAUUCGAGCUGUUUGAGGCUCUUACAGGUAUGAUUUGACUUAUUUUUAGGAUUUGAAACUCCAAAUGUAUAUAAGGUCUAUGCAGCAGAUGAUUAAGGAAAAAAGAAAAAGUAGAAGGCUUUAUUCAAAUGCAAGGAGAAGUCAUCCACCUGUGCUAGACUCUGUCUUCCGUAAUUAUUUAUUUUAUUCAUUUAUUAGAGGUAAUGCAAGACCUUUUGAAAUGAAGAUCAGUAAUUACGGUUGUAAAGAUUUCUAACCUGCCUUGGCUAAAUAGUUCAUGAAAGAUGAUAAACGAGUUGUGUUCAAAUUCAAAAGGGAAUAUUAAUGCACUUGCUUGUGCUUUAAUAGGUAUUUUGUGUUAUGUUAUCAAAUAGACCUCGUCUUGAAGUUUUAUAUGUGGAAAAUGAUGAAAAUAAGAAAUUAGGAACAAUUGUUAAUCCUUGGUAUUUCUGUAAUAUUGGAUGUCAUGUUUUGGAUAUACAUGAUAAUCUCAGAUACAUUGUGGAAGCCAGUUGCUGCCAAACUUAUUUUUGGUGCAGUUGUCCUUGUAACUCUUGUAAUAAAGUUGAAUUUGUGAUUAAAGUACCAAAUGGAGAUGUAUAAUUUAAAUAUAUCAAUAGGUUGUGGCUCAUUUGAUGAAGAAGGGAAAAGACUGUUGUAAAAAUAUGAUUGGAGAUGCUGACAAUUUCAGUUUGAUUUUCCCUAAAGGAGCUUCAAAAGAAGAUAAAGCCUUAUUGCUUGCUGUCACACUUAUGAUGGAUUACAUGUACUUUGAAGACAAAAGUGGUGCUUAAGCCUCUGUUGGUCCAGGAUGAG